AUGGAUCAUCACUUAAAACGUUUCAAAAAAUAUGAACGAAUAGAAAAUGAAUUAGCUCGUAAAUUACUUGCUGAAUUUUUUGGUACCGCUCUUCUAAGAUUUAUUGGUACCGGCGUGAUGGCUCAGUUCGUACUUAGUCGCGAGACAUCGAACUCUCUAAUGCAAAUUAAUAUCGGUUGGGGACUAGCGAUUACACUGGCAGUUUAUGUUGCAUGGGAAACCUCGGGUGGACAUGUGAAUCCGGCCGUGACAGCUGCUUUGUUCAUUCUCGGAAAGAUAUCUCUUACUCACAGUCUACUGUAUUUCGUUGCACAAACACUUGGCGCAGCAUUUGGCGCAGGGACAAUGUAUAUAGUUUAUAGCGAGGCAAUAAAUGCCUUUGAUGGCGGUAUUCGCACAAUAAGUGGACCAAAUGCGACCGGAAUAAUUUUCGCAUCAUUCCCACGGACUUAUCUUUCCAAUACUGGCGCCUUUAUCGAUCAAUUGGCUGGCACUAGUCUGAUUGGCGUUUUUGUCGCAUUCUGCUGUGAACCCAAGAAUCAAAUACCGAGAUACUUAAUGCCAGUCCUUUUCGGUGCAGUUGCAACAACCAUUUCAAUAUGUUGUAGCUUGAAUAUGGGUUCUCCAGUUAAUCCAGCUAGCGAUUUUGGCUCACGAAUUUUUGCCUCUUUAAACGGUUAUGGCAGCCAACUUUUUACAUUCCACCACUACUUUUUCGUCGUUCCAUUAUUGGCGCCAAUUAUAGGUGCUGUGAUUGGCGCGUAUUUCUAUCAGUUUUUUAUCGGUUUUCAUAUUCCCAAGCCUGUGAUAAGGAAUGUCAGCAACAAAUGGAAAACGGAACAAGAAAAUGGAUUAAGGCAAGUUAUGGAAAGGUCUGCGUGA